GGUUGGUGACUGAACGCUGCGCAGGAGUCCGUCUGGAUCCUGCUGGGCGUCGCGAGGCCACUUUUGAAGGACGCAGCCCCGCGUGACUGUCACGCAGAGCGUGAAGAAACAAGUUGAGGCCCGGCUGGGAGGAGGAGGCAGCAACGGCGUCGAGGGCGGCCGGCAAGCCCUGCGCCCGAGGCUCAAUCCGAACUGCACGCCCGUGGGAUCCAGCCAACAGGGUGAGAAGAUGUCUGGCAACAAUGACUGGUUUCAGAGUUCCCCGGUUCCUAGCUUUGCUCAGAUGCUGAAAAAGAACCUGCCAGUUAAACCAUCAGCUCAGACAGUAACUACACCCUCAGGAUAUUCCUCUGAAAAUUACAGCCUGUCGAAUAUGGCAUCCAAGGUUACGCAGGUGACAGGUAAUAUUCCAGAAUCAUUGCUUUCCAAAGGUGUUUCAUCUAUUUCAAAUCCUGUCCUUCUUCCAAAAAGAAUACCUAAAGAAUUUAUAAUAAAAUACAAAUGUGGAGAGAUAAAUCCUGUGUCAGCCUUGCACCAGUUUGCCCAAAUGCAGCGGGUUCAUCUUGACUUGAAGGAAACAGUAACAACAGGUAAUGUUAUGGGCCCAUAUUUUGCUUUUUGUGCUGUGGUGGAUGGUAUUCAAUACAAGACUGGACUGGGACAGAAUAAGAAGGAGUCUAGAUCCAAUGCAGCAAAAUUAGCCCUUGAUGAGCUUCUACAAUUGGAUCAACCUAAACCAAGAAGUUUAGAAACAUCAGGUCCUCCUCCUAUCCCUGCAGAACCUAUUGUUUCACCUGAACCAGUUUAUGUUUCAAAAGUACAUUAUGAAAGGAGACAUAUUCAGUAUGCGAAGAUUUCCCAGAUUGUUAAAGAAAUAUUCAACCAACUAAUUUCUAGUCAUUCAGAGUACCUGAAGUGUAGCAAUUCAUUGGCUGCUUUCAUAAUUCAAAGAGCUGGACAACUUGAAGUUGUAGCUCUAGGCACAGGUGAAUACAAUUACAGCCAGUGCAUUAAGCCAAAUGGAAGAGUGUUGCAUGAUACUCAUGCUGUUGUUACAGCAAGAAGGUCUCUCCUUAGGUACUUUUAUAGACAACUUCUGCUCUUCUACAGCAAAAAUCCUGCUAUGAUGGAAAAAUCAAUAUUUUGCACAGAGCCAGCUUCUGAUCUACUCACUCUCAAACAGAGUAUCAACAUUUACUUCUAUAUGAACCAGUUGCCUAAAGGCUCAGCCCAGAUUAAGUCACAGUUGCGUCUUAAUCCACAUUCUGUAUCUGCAUUUGAAGCCAAUGAAGAACUAAGUCUUCAUGUGGCUGUUGAGGGCAAAAUUUAUCUGACUGUCUACUGUCCUGCAGAUGUUAAUAGAGUAAGCAGUAUGUCCUCAAGUGACAAACUGACAAGAUGGGAAGUACUUGGUGUACAGGGAGCAUUGCUGAGUCACUUCAUACAGCCAGUUUAUAUCAGCAAUAUACUUGUUGGUGAUGGGAAUUGCAGUGAUACUAGAGGAUUAGAAAUAGCCGUAAAGCACCGUGUUGGUGAUACCCUAACUUCAAAACUUCCAAUGUAUUACUUGGUCAACAAACCUCAUAUUAGUUUAGUACCUUCUGCAUAUCCACUUCAAACAAACUUGGAAUAUAAAUCUCUGAGUCUGAAUUGGGCACAAGGGGACAUUUCUUUGGAGAUUGUGGAUGGUCUAAGUGGAAAGAUCACUGAAAGUUCCCCAUUUAAAAGUGGUGUGUCAAUGGCAAGUCGGCUUUGUAAGGCUGCAAUGUUAAAUCGAUUUAUUCUGCUUGCCACAGAAGCUAAAAAAGACAGCUUACUUAAAGCUAGUACAUACCAUGCAGCUAAGUGUAUGUCUGGAUCCUAUCAAGAAGCUAAAACUUUAUUGAAAUCCUACUUGCAGCAACAUGGCUAUGGUGCCUGGAUUGUGAAAUCUCCUUGUAUAGAGCAAUUUAGUAUGUGAAUUAGGGAAUCCAUUGUCAUAUUAAAAAUCUGUUACUUUUUGGUGUUUUGACUAGUAGAAAUAUUUUUUAAAUAUUGGUGGUUUUCAGCUUUAAAAAUCAAGAGUCUUGGGACAGCGGUGGCUAGAGACUGCUGAAAAUUUAUAAAUGUUCGUCAAUUUAUGUUGAAACAUUAGGGGUUCUAAACUUUUUUUAUUUUUUGGAAAAGUAAUUUUUGAUUUAUUAUGAAGCCAUUUAUUUUUAUAGACUAAAUUAUAAAGCCAUUACUCAUUUUUUAUUUUAAAAGAAAUUUUCUUGUAAGUUUUUAAAGUUAUCUAUGCAGCAGAUAUUCACCAUUGUGUCCUGGUAUGGAACUCAAGUGUUUUGUUGCUUUUUUAUAAUUAGAAGCUAAGAAUAUAAAUAAUUAUCUUAUUCAUUUGUUGAUUUAUUUAACAGACAUUUGACUGCCUGAUUUUUGCCAAUUAUGGUGCUGCAUGAUAUUAAAAAAACAGUAAAACAUCAUUUCUCAUGUCAGAGAAGUUCAUGAAUGCAAACUACACCUAUAAAUGCAGAAAAAUGUUAAAGUAUGUUAGGGAAUAAUUUGAUAAAUUAAUUAUUUUGAUUAAUAGAGGAUUAUCACAAAUGCUUUAAGACUGCCCAUUUUCAAGUGUCCUAAUAGAUCGAUCCAAAUGUGAUUUAAUCCUUUUUAAUUUAGAUGAGUGGGGAUUUCUAAUAGACCAAUGAAAGAUUAGCUUUAUAUUUUAUUUGUUUAUACAGUGAUUAGAUGGAAAGGAAAAGUUUAAUUACUCAUGAAUUAGGUUAUAUAUCUUUAAUGAAGUUGUGACUUCCAUACUUUACCCUCUUCAACCAUUUCCUUAGUUUCAGUUAUAGAUGAAUCAUAUAUUACUGGUUCUCAGACUUUUUCCCUCCUACCUUGGAUCUUUAUUAAAUUUACAAGUUUCAUGCCAUCCCAUGUGAACUAUUAUGAUGUCUGAUGAAGUUGGU